AUGACCGCAUCCAACGGCUCUCUCCCAUCGGCUGGGCAAGCACGGGAGGAUCAAUGGCUCUUCACAAAGGCAGAUCUGGCCUUGACUCCUUCAGUGCUGCUAGCAGGACUGGAUCCGAGCGAAGAAAAGCAUCGACGCUUCAAGGGCAUCAAUGCCAUCUAUCGAAUGGGAGAAUACAUGCGGCUUUCGCAGCAUGUGAUGAACACGGCUUGCAUCUAUCUGCACCGCUUCUUCAUGCGUAAGCCGCUCGAGUAUGGACCAAACAAGCUUGGCUAUUCACACUACGAGAUUGCAGCCACAUGCGUCUUUUUGGCAUGCAAAGUGGAAGAGUCGCAUAGAAAGCUGCCCAGUGUCAUAGAUGCUGCAAUGGCAUCCUUCGAUAAGAGUCCAGCUGGCAAUCAGAGAUGGGCAGAACGCAGUUUUCGCGCAGAUCCCUCCAGCAAAGAGUAUGCGAGAUGGCGAGACAUUGUUCUGUUGUCGGAAGAGACAUUGCUGGAAACGCUGUGCUUUGACCUGAUUGUGGAGCACCCUCACGAGAUCCUGGUGAAAGCAUGCAGCCGGUUGACUGUCGAUGCUUGGCUGGUGCGCCUGGGAUGGACCAUUCUGAAUGACAGCUUAAGAGACUCGACGUGCGUCAUGUUCGAAGCAGCAGUGCUCGCAGCUGGAGCGUUCCAUCAAGCGUGUAAGACUUCAAACCUCGAUCCGGCCAAGUUUACGGCGAAAUGGAGCAAGGGCGAAGAAGAGCGACAACUGGGAUGGCAAGAUGUGUUCGAUGUUGACGAGCAAGAAGCGGCCCAGGCAGCCGAGGCGAUCGAGAAGGACGUCUACCUGGCGCACGAACAACAGGCGUACAUUGCACCACUCUGUCGGGCAACAGACCCAUGA